AUCAUAUGACUAGCCAAGGUAGCCACUACAUCUAAAAAGAGAAGAAAAGAAGCAAGAAUCUCGCUGUCAUUGUGCUGUCCUGCUCUCCUCAGUUUCUUUCUUCUUCACACAGUUUGCCUUCUUUCCCUUCUGCCUCCAAAAGCCUCUCUUCUCCGCUCAACUUGCAGCACUAAAACAGCCUCUCUCUCUCUCUUUCUUUCACCAUCUCACUCUCUUUGGUGCUACUAUAUUAUCCAUUUUAAUAGUUCAUUGAUUAUUUAGAAGAUCUCAUGGAGGAUCGUAAAGAUCAGAAAAAUGCUCCAUGGCUAUCAGUGCCACAGUUUGGGGACUGGGACCAGAAGGGUGAAUUGCCAGACUACUCCGUAGAUUUCUCAAAAAUAAGGGAAAUGAGGAAACAGAACAAGAGGGAUGCCUCAAGAGCCAGUCUUGGCAAAGAAGAAGAGCUAAUCAACCCAACAGCAACUACUGCUAAAACCGCUCAAACUCAUGAUCACCGCCACCAUUACCAUCAGGACCACCACGACUCUCCAGCAACAAGGAGGAGCAUUUUUAGCUAUUUCAACUGCUGUGUGAAAGCCUGAGGUUGGAGGACGAAUUUAUUGUUCCAGGCCACGUGUAAUGAUAAUGCAUCUGGGAGAACAUUUUGUGUUUAGCCUUUCUUAUGGUUUUAGUUUUCCAACUGGAAUCGUUUUCGUUCUUCAUCAACGUUAUUUCCAGAUCGAAACCAUGAUGUUUAGUGAAUUGGUUGACGUU